CUUAUACGUAUUAAAAUGUUGUCCAAAAAAUAGUCGAUGAUUUUUUCAAGAGUAUUUGAUAUCCUGUGUUUUAGAUAUUGACGAUUAGCGCUUUGGUGAGGGCUCUCUGAGGCGCGUACUGUGUCUUUAAAUGCCGCUCCUCCCCCUCCGCUCUCCUCUGCUCUGGAGGUGCUGAAACGUCGCCUUUCUCGUUUCAGAGCUCUAGCAGCCAUGGCUGAAAUAAAGACGGGCAUUUUUGCCAAAAACGUCCAAAAGAGGCUCAGUCGGGCACAGGAAAAGGUUCUGCAGAAGUUGGGAAAGGCGGAUGAGACAAAAGAUGAACAGUUCGAGCAGUGUGUGCAGAAUUUCAAAAGACAGGAGUUUGAGGGCUCUAGGCUUCAGAGGGAGAUGAAAGCCUACAUAGCAGCUGUCAAAGGGAUGCAGCAAGCGUCUAGGAACCUGACAGAGUCAUUACACGAAGUAUAUGAGUCUGACUGGCACGGCAAAGAUGAUGUCAUGGUUAUUGGAAAGAACUGUGAUGCUUUGUGGGAGGACUUCCAUCAGAAGCUGGUAGACUCUACCAUCGACACACUGGAAACAUAUUUGACUCAGUUCCCAGAUCUCAAGAUACGUGUUGCAAAGAGAAGCAGGAAGUUAAUUGACUAUGACAGUGCAAGGCACCAUCUUGAGACCCUGCAGGCUUCAACCAUGAGGAAUGAGAAAAAGAUAGCAAAGGCAGAGGAAGACUUGAAAAAGGCCCAAAGGGUUUUUGAUGAUCUCAACGUUGGCCUGCAGGAUGAACUGCCCACACUCUGGGAUAGUCGGGUGGGGUUCUAUGUAAGCACCUUCAAAAACGUCUCCAGCCUGGAAGCCCGAUUCCAUAGGGAGAUCUCUUUUCUCUGUCAUAAGCUGUAUGAAGUGAUGAAUAAGCUCGCUGAGCAGCACUCGGACAAAAUGUUCACGAUCCAGGGAGCACCCAGCGACUCAGGGCCACUGCGAUUAGCGAGGACUCCCACCCCACCUGAUGAUGAGAGCCCUGACAGCAGCCCAGCUGUCAGCCCCAACCACACACUUAGGCCCACAUCCCCUGGCCCACCUCGACCCAAAUCACCUUCACAGCUCAAAAUGGGACCUCCAAAACCACCUCCUCCAAAAGUUACUCCAACUAAGGAGCUCCAACAAGAGCAGAUAAUUGACCUGUUCGAUGGAGGGUUUCCAGAGAUCAGUGUUACGUCACCACAACCAAACGAAAAACCUGGAGAAUCUCUCCUGGAUUUGGAUUUUGAUCCAUUCAAGCCGGAUGCCAGUACACCUAUCGGGCAGACCCAAUCACCCAUAUCUCAGACACUUCCUUGGGAUCUUUGGGCGGGAAAUGCUGCAGAGCCUGCACAGCCCGCUGCAGAUGCUGGCUUCACUGCCAACUGGGCAGCUGACUUUGGCUCUUCAGCCACUACAGGUACAGAGGAAUUUGGAAAUGGUCAACCUGCAGUGGAUGAGCAGGGAUGGCCACCUUCCGAAGGUUGGCCUACAGAGGCAACAUCACAGCCUCCAGAAGAGGCAGCCACAGAUGAGGUUAGAGCCUGGAAUCCAGAAAACUAUCUUGAGCCAGACCCAGACUGUGAUCCCUUUGCUGUGGGGGGUGAUGAGGCCAAGCAACAGCAUCCAGGACAGGGGAAAGAGAGUGUAGAGGAAGGUCAGACAGACUGGGCUAAAAAUCAGGUGGAAUGGGCAGAAGAAAAGGCAGGUUGCAGGUCAGAGGAGAGAGAUGCAGAGGAGACAGUGGGCUUGCAACCAAUGCCUGGAAUCAUAUUCACUGAUGAGUUUGGUCAGGAGAUUCAGGAUACCACAGAGGGCAUAGGGGGAGAUAGUUCCAGAUGGGGUCUGUCUAGCCAGGUUGAUCUAGAUGGAUCCGGCUCAGAGUACGAGACUGCUGAAGAAUGGGGUGAUGUCCCAGGACAAAAUAGUGGGUGGGUCAGUGCAGAUGAUGAGCUUGAAUGUGCCGAGAAUGAGAAUCCCAUUGUGGCUCCAGAACAAGGCACUGUGGCCAAAGAGUGCUUUGCAGAUUGUGGCACAGGUGAUGGUGUCCUCGAGCAGAUUACCCCUGCUGACUCUGGGUUCGGUGGUGAUGCAUUUGCAUCCAACUGGGAUCAGCCUGAAGCAACACCAUCUGCCUCAGAGCUUGAAAAUGAAAGCUUGGAUGAGCCACUUGCAGAUCCAACCAAAGCAGGAGCAAAUAUGCCUCAAAAUUUUCUUGAAUCUACUCUGAGUUCAGACCCAUUUGACACCGAAGGCAAAGAUCCAUUUGGUACAGGGGAUGAUCCCUUUGCAGCAUCAGGGGAUGACCCAUUUGGGAAUGUAAAUGAUCCAUUUGCGACCUCGGACAAAGAUCCCAGUGGCUUUUCUGGGAGUGAACCCUUUGUUACUACAGGCAGUGAUCUUUUUUAUACCGAAGGGUUAUCAACGAAGAGUCCAAAAAGUGGGUUUCAUUCUGAUCCGUUUGCAGAGACCCAGCUAGGAGACAAAGGACAGUGGGCAGCGGACCCCUUUGCCACUGAAUUUACAUCAGACCCUUUUGCUACUGGGGGUGAUCAGGACCCAUUUGCUAAUGAGAUCACAUCUGAUCCUUUUGCCAGUGAAAGCGGUGGAGACCCAUUUAUCAGUGAGAACAACCAGGGGUGGGCAGGGGGUUGGGAAUCCACCGGGACAAAGGAGAUUAUUGGACAAGGAAAAGACUCUGAUGUCUUUGAGGACAAAACUGGAUAUGCCAAUGGGUUUGCCCAGUGGGCAGCUUUUCCUGCACCAGCUGCAGACUCUGAGAACUCCAGUAAGGGCUCCUGGCAGGAGGUGAGUGAUAGCAGUGGCUUCUUCUCUUCUGAUGGCCAAGGAAACUUUACCGCAGGCUGGCCAGGUGAGGCUGUUCCAUCUCAAGACCCCUUUACCUCCUUCCCUGGGCAACAAGACACCUCUAAUCUUAAAAGUACCAUUGCAGAGGAGAAGGUCUAUCAUAAAGAGCCAGAGAACUCAGACCUGUCAGAAGACGAAGUUGCAAACCGGAGAUACGGAAAGUUAUACCAAGAAAUAGAUACAGAGCUGGAAGAGGUGUCCAACAAGGAUUUUAACGGAUUUUCUAAGGAAGCAACAGUCCCAACAUUUGUGGCCGACUUUGAUAAGAUGUCUGAGGUUGAGGCCCCAGAGGGUGAUGUAGCUGAAGGAGAAGGUGAAGCAGCCCCAGCCUCAGUAGCUGAGGGUGGGGAGGGUCCUGUCACCACUCCCCCUACAGACACACAACCGGCGGAGAUCACUGCUUCAAGCCCCCCUGCAGAGACUGCUACAAGCACUGUGGAGUCUCCGGUGUCUGCGGAGACUGAGGCAGCUGAGCAGGCUGAGCUUCCAGUUGAGGACAUAGAAAAGGAGCAACUCAGUGAAGAAGCCCCGGAUUCUGCUUCCAUCCAAGAAACACAGAAGGAGUCACCUACAGAGGCGGCUCUGGCUACUUUUGAGGAUAAAGAGUCUCCCAUUGAAGAGACUCCGACUAUAGAUGCCAAACCAGAGGAAGAGGCCAGUUCACUAGAAGCCAAACCAGGAGAUGAACCAAAUAAUGUUGAGCCCAAACCAACAGAUGAACCAGAUAUGGUUGACACCCAACCAGGAGAAGUUCCUGAUAAUAUUGAGCCCAAACCAGGAGAUGCUCCUGAUAAUGUUGAGCCCCAACCAGGAGAUGAAACCAGUAAGGAGGGUGCUGCAAACAAUGGGAAUGAGGAGGAAAAGAUGCCUAUCCCUUCUGUUGUUAUUGAGCCUGCCUCUAGUAAUGAGGGGGAUGAUGACCGUGAUGGUGAUAUCAUAUCUCCAGUAGCAACCAGUGGCAAUGGGAUGAUCACAGAAUGCCAGGCAACCAAAGACAUCUCCUCUGGAAUGCCUCCUGGAUACCUUUUCAAGGCUGAAACGAUGCAUGAUUUUGAAGCAGCAAACCCAGACGAACUGGAGCUGAAAAAAGGAGACAUUGUUUUGGUAGUACCCACAGAACUACCUGAAGAUCAGGAUGCUGGUUGGCUCACUGGCAUCAGAGAGAGCGACUGGCUACAGCAUGGCACUUCGGCUCAGAAAGGACUGUUUCCUGAAAAUUUUACGCAGCGUCUGGAGUAAAUGACCUUCGGUGUGUUGUGAGAAGGCACAUGGAUCUGGACGUCUGCCGACCGAGCCACUCACUAUAAAGUCUAAAGUACUGAUGACAUCUGAACUAUCAGACUAGACAAACACCACAUAAGAGGAAAUAACACCAUCGACUAAACGAAGCAAGAGGAGACAAAAAUACUGUACCUACUCUGAGCAUAAAGAAAAUAACCAAGCAUGAUGUGAUAGUAUGGUCAACCUUUUCUCAGAAAACCAAGAUCAAAUCCCUGUUUUUUGUUUGUUUACCUGUGAGCAGCAACGAAUUGAUGUGUGCUUUGUUGGAACUCUGGUGACCUCCACAUGUAAUUCCUGUCUGUCCAAAUAACUCAAGUGAAAGUUUCCCCUCUAAAGACAAAAAAGUGAUCUUAUCCUCUCUCUGCACCAAGCGUAUUGUACUGACUUUGUUGCUCUGCAGCGAAUUUUAUCAGAAUUUGUAGUGAUAUGAUCUAUUUAACCAUUCUAAGUGUUACACGGAACUUAGGUGUUUUCUUUGAGAUAUUUCAGAUAUAAAUGUGACAUUGCAUCAACGUUAGUGUUCUCUGUAGUUUCACGGCUGGCCGUGCGCGGCUAUGGUGGUGGUAUUUGGCAUAUAUUUAAUAUUGACAGUUUGUGACCGAGACUUUCAGUGUUUAUGCCAAAUUAAUCAAAGUCCUCUUGAUGAAUAUGUGUUGAGUUCCUACAGCAUGAGAAAUGUUGUGAGAAGAAAUCUGAAAUAUUGCACCUGGCUAUUACAGCUUUGCAAAACACAACAUGUAGCUCCCUAUAAUUACAGACAUUAUGUGUAUUAUAUCCAUAAGGACAUGAACGCAGAACUUAUCCUUGAAUGGACGUGGGAAUAUUAAUUUGUGAAUGAUGUUUUAUGUUUGGAGAAAUUGUAUUUAUUCAACUUUAUAUUUUUUAGCCAAUGAUGAGGGGGAAAGUUUGGGGUGGGAAAUCAAAAAAAUAUGCAAUAUAUGUCAUUGGUUGAUAGAGUUAUCAUUGUCUUCAUCGUUUGGUUCUGAGACAAAAACUGCAUCACUCCUGUGUUAGUAUUGUUAGCUUCACUGUAGAGCAUUUCUGUGAUGUACAUAUCUGUGCUAAUUUAACUGUAAAGUGAAUAAAGAAUAGUUCAUAUGA